AUGCCUUUGUGUCAGUUGGCAGUGGUAACCAACUGGCUCCCCAUCGGAAUGAAGCUCGACAACUAUGACCAGCGCGUGGUGUACAAGAAGUUUGAUGACUGGACCCAGUUUCAGGGCAUCAAAGAACUGCAGGAAGAAACUGCGGACCAGACCCGAGCCGCCGCCAGAUCCCUGAUCCAGGCAUACCUGCCUUUGGAACAUAUCCUGUGGAAAGCAGGCGAGUGUCAGAAGUCUGAUUGGAGGGCCGGUGAGUCGCAAGGCGAGCGCGGGAUCACCUUCAGGCUAGAGGUCCCACAGAGUCGCACUGGCGGACUCUUAGGCGACGGGGACCUCAUGGCCACAACAGUGAUACUUGGCAGGACAUGGAGGCAGCGCUUGCUACUGCAUGGCUCCAGCCUGCUCUCCUUUGUCCGGGCAGCGGUUGUCCGUGCAGCAGAGCUUCAGAAAGGCAAGGCGGUCAAGGAAGCUGCCGACCUUGUCAUGGGAGGUGUGACCUGGGAGCGAGUGGUUGAUGCAGCUUUUGCGUUGGAGGCGAAGGUUUCUGAGACAUAUAGCAGUGACAGGUUGUAUCCAGUCCAAUCAAGGGAUGGAUGGAUGACGGGCCUGUGCAAAACAGCCUUCUUGCUACUUGCGUCAUGCAACCCGCUUGUGAAAGCCAUCGCUCAUGCUCGGCAAGUGCGAAAAUUUUCCCACUACCUGGCGCUGGCAGCCCAUGCCGCCAUUGACUUGUGGAUGCUGCUUACAGCAGUGCUCCUCUGGUCCAUUGCAACCGGUGCAGGGGCCUUAGAUGGCACUGUCAGAGAUUGCAUGGACAAAUUCAUUCAGUCAGUGGCAAA